GCGCUUCUAAACAAUUCGUAUUUGUAUCAUCUUACGCACUCAGAAAUGAAGAAUCGUGGAAUCGAUAUUGAAGGCUGCAAGCUAAACCUCCCAGUUAUGUUACAAGCGAAAGAAAAAGCCGUUUCAAGUUUGACUGGGGGAAUAGCAUAUUUGUUUAAACAAAAUAAGGUUGAGCAUGUCAAAGGUGUUGGUUCAAUUGUUAGUCCCAAUGAAGUUUUGGUUAAAUGUGAAGAUGGAAGUGAAAAGCGACUAGAAACUGAACGUAUCCUCAUUGCAACUGGCAGCGAAGUUACUCCAUUCCCCGGGAUUGAAAUUGAUGAACAGUCUAUUGUUUCAAGCACUGGAGCACUCUCUCUGACUAAGGUCCCUGAACAUCUUGUGGUUAUUGGAGCAGGAGUUAUUGGCGUUGAAUUAGGCUCCGUAUGGAAGCGGCUAGGUGCUGAAGUCACUUGUGUAGAAUUCCUUGGUCAUGUUGGUGGAAUGGGCAUUGAUAUGGAGAUAAGCAAAAACUUCCAAAAAAUACUAACUAAACAAGGUCUUAAAUUCCUUUUGAAUACUAAAGUUCUAUCCGCUUCAAAAUCUGGUAAUAAUAUCACAGUACAAUUAGAGGGUGCAAAAGACGGUAAAUCUCAAAGCGCUGAUGUGGUUGUUAUUGGGUCAGGUCCUGGGGGAUAUGUUGCUUCCAUAAAGGCUGCACAGUUAGGAAUGAAGACCGUCUGUGUUGAAAAGAAUGAUACAUUAGGAGGGACAUGUCUGAAUGUUGGUUGUAUUCCUAGCAAAGCGCUUCUAAACAAUUCGUAUUUGUAUCAUCUUACGCACGCAGAAAUGAAGAAUCGUGGAAUCGAUAUUGAAGGCUGCAAGCUAAACCUCCCAGUUAUGUUACAAGCGAAAGAAAAAGCCGUUUCAAGUUUGACUGGGGGAAUAGCAUAUUUGUUUAAACAAAAUAAGGUUGAGCAUGUCAAAGGUGUUGGUUCAAUUGUUAGUCCCAAUGAAGUUUUGGUUAAAUGUGAAGAUGGAAGUGAAAAGCGACUAGAAACCGAACGCAUCCUUAUUGCAACUGGCAGCGAAGUCACUCCAUUCCCCGGGAUUGAAAUUGAUGAACAGUCUAUUGUUUCAAGCACUGGAGCACUCUCUCUGACUAAGGUCCCUGAACAUCUUGUGGUUAUUGGAGCAGGAGUUAUUGGCGUUGAAUUAGGCUCCGUAUGGAAGCGGCUAGGUGCUGAAGUCACUUGUGUAGAAUUCCUUGGUCAUGUUGGUGGAAUGGGCAUUGAUAUGGAGAUAAGCAAAAACUUCCAAAAAAUACUAACUAAACAAGGUCUUAAAUUCCUUUUGAAUACUAAAGUUCUAUCCGCUUCAAAAUCUGGUAAUAAUAUCACAGUACAAUUAGAGGGUGCAAAAGACGGUAAAUCUCAAAGCAUCGAUUGUGAUACUCUCCUGGUUUGUAUUGGAAGGCGUCCAUACACCACCGGUCUUGGCCUAGAGAAUGUUGGUAUCAAAUUAGAUGAGAAAGGUCGUAUUCCUGUGAAUAAAAAUUUCCAGACUUCUGUACCAAGCAUUUAUGCUAUUGGUGAUUGUAUACCUGGUCCAAUGUUAGCGCACAAAGCUGAAGAUGAGGGAAUAAUUUGUGUUGAAGGAAUGCUUGGCGGUGCUGUACACAUAGAUUACAAUUGUGUUCCUAGUGUUAUUUACACGCAUCCUGAAUGUGCUUGGGUUGGUAAAAAUGAAGAACAAUUGAAAGCGGAGAAUAUACCUUACAAAGUUGGUAAAUUUCCAAUGUCUGCAAAUUCACGAGCUAAGACAAAUGAUGAACCUGAAGGACUUUUCAAAGCUUUAGCACAUAAAGAUACAGAUAGGCUUCUAGGAGUACAUUUACUUGGCCCAUGUGCAGGUGAAUUAAUCAACGAGGCUGUAUUAGCUAUGGAGUAUGGAGCUUCAGCAGAAGAUGUUGCACGUGUCUGUCAUGCUCAUCCGACUGUAUCUGAAGCUCUUCGGGAAGCAUGUCUCUCCGCCUAUUGUGGUAAAGCUAUCAAUUUCUCAUGAGGAGGAGACAAUUCUCUCCAACCAACCUAUAUCGUAUACUAACUGUCUGUCUUGUCUUACACACACAUUGCUUAGAAUGAAAUGUUUCUACUCCUUCAGUUAAAAUACACACACUAAUUUAAGUGCGCGCAUACAUGCGCAUACUCAUUUAGAAAUUAUGUUGAAUUUGCACCAAAAUAAUAUAUGCUGCCAUUUUGAGGUGUAAGUGAUUGAGUGAGUGAGUUGGUAAGUCAAGUAAGCCAGUUAAGCGCACUUCAAUCCUUUCAGACAACUUUUUAUUGUUUCGUUUUUCUUUUUCUCUGGAGAAAACCAAAAAGCAAACAUUAGUUUACCCAUUACUACUAUUACUACUACUUAGGCGGUCUUUGAACACAUGUAUCUAUGUAUGUAAAGCAAGUUGUUUUUUAAUACAGUAGUUAUUCAGUAAUAAUAAUAAAAAUAUUAAU